ACAGGGGAGAAAAGGUGAGGAGCUGAUACUGGAACAGAGACUGGGAGGGGGAGCAGGGGCAGCACACAAACAGAGGCGGAGGGAAGGAGAGACUUGAUUCUGAUUUAAAUUUGCACAAUAUGACUAAAUUUGACUCUGGACCUGUCUCAGAGCUUUCACCUAAACAAGAGAGCUCAUCUACAGUACCAUGCAUUGUUACUGCAAUGGAAUUGACUGUAGAUUUGCCAAUUUAAAUGUGUUUGGUUGAUCGCGAUCUAAACUUUGCAUUAUCAUCGAGAUAUAUCAACCUUUUCCAAUAUUUGGCACAGCCCUACUCUACUUUAAAACUAGAUACAGAUGUAAAGACUGUUUUAUCAAUAAAACAUUGAACACUUGUUUCUAUUUUUAUUAUAUUAUCCUUUUUUUCUUUUUUUUUUUCCUUUUUUUUAAUAAAACACAGCUGUCAAAUUUCAGUCUAUUUAAGGAGGUAUUGCUAUGGAACCAUCCAACUCUGAAUCAUCAGAAUGGGAAAAGGGAUCAAAGGUGUUUAAUGACCCUGUCCAUGGUAAUAUGGAGUUCCACCCUAUUCUGGUCAAAAUCAUAGACACGCCCGAGUUUCAGAGACUUCGCAGCAUCAAACAGCUGGGAGGAGCCUAUUUCGUUUACCCAGGAGCAUCCCACAACAGAUUUGAACACUCACUCGGAGUGGCCCAUUUAGCAGGACAGUUUACGCGAAGUUUAAAGGAGAAACAACCAGAACUUGGAAUUGAUAAGAGAGACAUCAUUUGUGUGGAAAUAGCUGGUCUCUGCCAUGAUCUGGGACAUGGGCCAUUUUCCCACUUGUUUGAUGGAAUGUUCAUGCCUAAAGUAAAAAAUAAUAAUGGAUGGAAACAUGAGCAAAUGUCCAUUGACAUGUUUGAACACAUAGUGGCAAGGCUAAAGCUAACAGCUAUGUUUGACCUGGAGUCUGAGUUAAAGAUGCUGAGUAGAAGAUCUGAAGGUGAUAAAGAUAAUGACCUAGCCUUUAUCAAAGAGAUGAUUAAUGGACCAAAAAAUGAGGGAGAAUACGAAGGCCGUCCGUCAAAGCCUUUCCUCUACGAGAUAGUGGCGAACAAAAGGACUGGAAUCGAUGUGGACAAGUUUGACUAUUUUGCAAGAGACUGCCAUCACCUUGGAAUAAAGAAUAGCUUUGACCACAACCGCUACAUAAAGUUUGCCAGAGUCAUCGAGGUAAAUGGUGAAAAGCAGAUCUGCAUAAGAGACAAGGAGCUGUCCAAUAUUUAUGAAAUGUUCCACACGAGGAGUUCUCUCCACAGAAAGGCCUACCAGCACAAAACCAACAAGUGCAUUGAGCUGAUGAUUAGAGAUGCCUUACUCAAAGCAGAUAAAAAAUUUGAGAUUUCCACACCUGUGGUCAACAUGCAGAAAAACACGGAGGAAAACAUGAAGAAUACAUCGAGCUCACAGACGGCAUCUUUGAAAAAAUACUUCAUUCCAAGGAUUCUGAUAGGAAUAUGAUGGAGGCACGAGAAAUUCUAGAAAACAUUCUCAGUCGAAAACUGUACCCAUAUCUAGGAGAGAUUAAAAUGACAGAUACACUUGCCGCAAAGUUCAUAACAGGAAAAAUAUUGGAAAACCUGACAAAAUAUGACAUUGGAACUAUUG